CAACAAUUCAGUUGUGUUCGUGUUCCGUUUGUAGUUAAACGUUCCUCUUUUGUAUUCCAAUUUUAAUCAUUUUAAUUUUAUAAGAAUUGCAAGUGCAUGUUGAGUGCUUUCCAAUCAGACAGAACUUAAUAUUCCCAACAAGAGUUAGUUAGUGCAAGCGAGAAGUGAAAGUUCUCUCUAAGUGGUCUAUUAAAAUAUCUAAUUACCUAUAUUUGAAAAGUUGCUGUUUACAACUUAAAAAAAACAAAGAUUAAAAAGACAAAUUUCAAUUUCUCCAAUCAAAUCCAUUAAACAAAAACAAACCAAAAUGUAUCCAUUCGGCUCGGGUAGAUCACAACCGACUCCACCCCAAAACCAAUACCAGUCACCGAAUCCGAGUGCACCUUUCGGUGCUGGAUGGACGCAACCAUCAACUCAGCCACCAACUCAUGGUGGCUAUCCAUCACCAUCCCAACAAUCAAAUAAUGCUCCCUAUCCAACUGGUCCCUCCUAUCCGUAUCCAAGUCAGCCAAUUAAUAAUGCUCCCUAUCCAAGUUAUGGUCAAGCAGCUCCUGUUGCCCAUCAUCCACCAUAUCCUGGUUCAUCUUUCCCACAUAACCCACAGCAACAGUAUCAUGCGCCAUAUCCCCCGAGCUCUACAAAUUCGCCAACUCCUUAUCCUCCUCCAACUCAUUCAUCAACACCGUAUCCUCCGGCUCCUGUUCCUGGUCCAUCUCCUAGUCACUCUGGACAUCAUCAUCAUCAAGGAUAUCCUCCGUCCUCCUCCCAGAUCCCAUCCCACAAUCAACCUCCAUAUCCGAUGCAACCAUCAGCACAACCUGCAUAUCCACCGCAUGCACAUGUGACGCCAGGUGGGAAUAAUACCGCGACAACCGGUUUGGCCAAGUGUUUCGGCGAAAUGAACAAUCGGCAGAGUAUUGUCCGAAAAGAGGGAACUCCAACUGUUCAUCCAGCUCAAAAUUUUGAUCCCGUCAAAGAUGCCCAUGACCUAAGAAAAGCAAUGAAAGGUUUUGGUACUGAUGAAAAUACCUUAAUUGAAAUUAUUUGCAGACGCACAAAUGACCAAAGACAGGAAAUUCAACGCCAAUACAAAACACAUUUUGGAAAGGACCUCGUCGAAGAUAUAAAAUCAGAGACAAGUGGCAAUUUCCAGAAACUCUUAGUUGGUCUUCUACGUCCAAUUGUUGAUUUCUACUGUCACGAAAUGUGUGAUGCAAUGAAAGGUAUUGGUACCGAUGAAGAUGUCCUUGUUGAAAUUCUGUGUACUCUUUCGAAUAUGGAGAUCCAUACAAUUAAAAAUCAAUAUUUAAGAAUGUACGGUGCUCAUUUGGAAUCUGAAUUGAAAUCAGAAACUUCUGGUAAUUUCAAGAGACUUUUGGUUUCCCUAUGCACCGCAUCCAGAGAUGAAAGUGGACAUGUUGAUCCUGAAGGUGCUCAAAACGAUGCCAGAGAAUUGUUGAAAGCUGGUGAGCUGCGUGUUGGUACUGAUGAGAGUACAUUUAACAUGAUUUUGUGCCAAAGGAAUUAUCAUCAAUUAAGAUUGAUUUUCCAAGAAUACAUGAACAUGACAGGACAUACUUUGGAAAAGGCAAUUAAAAAUGAAUUUUCUGGUGACAUUCAAGAUGGACUUUUGGCAAUUUACAAAUGCGUUACAAACAAGGCCGAAUAUUUUGCAUCACGCCUUUACAAGAGUAUGGCUGGACUUGGAACAAAUGAUAAACAAUUGAUUCGUGUGAUAAUCACACGAUGUGAAAUCGAUAUGCAAGACAUCAAAGCUGCAUUCGAGGGUUUAUAUGGAAAGAGUCUUAAAAGCUGGAUUAAGGGUGACACAUCAGGGCACUACAAACAUGCUUUGUAUGCUUUAAUUGGAGAACAAAGAUCAUCCUAAAAAAAUCAAGAUCAUCACAAAUUUCCUUGAAAAAUAUAAAAUCAUUUUUGUUAUUCUUUUUGAAAUCUCGAAUUCAGCUUCUGAAUGUUAAAUGUUCAAAUUUAAAUUUAAAUAAAAUCUCUUUUGCCUUGUAAUUUAUGUAUUCUUUUUGGUAUAUAUUGUCCUACUAAUAAAAAUUAAGAAAUUAUUAAUUGUUAAAUUUAAAUGUUUGAGCUGGAAAAGAGAAUAGUAUUUAAAUAAAACAUCCAAUUAUACUAUAAAAUAUAAAUUAGCUUUAUGUAAUUUUUCACUUUUUAUAUAAAUGUAUACAGAACAAACAAAA